GUUUUUGAAUAUUUGUAUUUAAAUUUAUAAAUUAAUUGAAUUAAUUUUUAUCAAAAUACUUUCCACGAAUCAAAAAUAAAAUUUUCUUAAAAUUAAAGUUUUUUCACAGAAUAAUUGAAGAAUAAAGUUUUUAUUAUAUUAAAAUUAAAAAUUCGCACCAUACACAAGCUUCUUAAUUUUUUAUUAGAAUAAAUUGAUAUUUACAUUCAAAUGUGUUUGUCUUUAUUAUAUAUUAUUUAUUAUAUAUAUCUGAAUAGGGAAAAACAAAGUUCUUUGCUCUAUGUACAUACCAUGUACUGUGUAAGCUGUAAGCAGUACAUAUAAAUUUGUUGCUUAAAUAAGAAAGUCAUUAUGUUUGCAUAUGUUUCUGUUUGAGAUAAACAGAGAUGUUUUUGUCUACAUGGUCUAUCACAACAAACCAAAUAGUCCUUCAUAAAGAGCUAUGUAUCACAGACGAAAUAUUUCCAUAAUUUUGCCUUAAAUAAGAUAAUUUAAAGUUUUUUCUCGUUUUGUGAAAGUGAAAAUGGAUCCAAACAUCGACGAUUACACAUUCGAAAGCAUACUCGGCAAGGGAACCUUUGGAACUGUGUACUUGGUGAGAAGAAAGAAAGAUUUAAAGCCGUUUGUUAUAAAAAAACAGGAUGUAAAUGCGAUCAAAUAUUCGCCCUCCAAGAGAGCAUUAGGAGAGAUACGAUGCCUGAAAAGAUUGAGACAUCCAAAUAUAGUAUUUUAUUACGGAGCAUGGAAGAAAAAUAAUUAUAGUUAUAUUCUUAUGGAGUAUGCAACUCGAUGUACUCUCAAGGAUUUAUUGGAAAAACGAAAAAUACCACUUAAAGAGGAGGAUGCACUAUACUUGUUUUCGCAAGUUAUUUUAGGAGUACAUCAUAUUCACUCAAAUAAAAUUCUUCAUCGAGACCUAAAACCAGAAAAUAUCAUGUUGACUGGCAGCCGCGGAGAUAUUGUUAAAAUCGGCGAUUUUGGUCUCGCAAAAAGUAUUCAAGAAGAUUCAGUAACUUGUCAUGCAGGAUCUUACUAUUAUAUGGCUCCAGAAAUGUUCACCGCACACCCGUACAAAUUUAAGUGUGACAUAUGGAGUCUGGGUGUUAUACUAUACGAAAUGAUUACAAAGAGACUUCCAUUCCCAGCUACGAAUCUAGAGGAGAUUACGAAAUUAGUAUUCAACAGUCCACCGCGGCCUGUAUCGCAACAGACAUCAGCAUCCGUCGUUAAUCUAAUAUCGAAAAUGUUGAGGAAACAAAGUUCGUGCCGACCCCGCACUGAUCAGCUCGUACUUUGCCCUUUUCUUGCCCCUUACAUCGUUCGAGUAUAUCUAAACCUCGGACGUAGUAUUAAUCUUGCUGAACGAGAACGUAAAAACUUUGGAUCGCACAUCUUCUUAAAAUUCCUGAAUUCACCGUGAUC